GUUGUGUGUGGUGAGUUAAACACUGCCAGCCAUUCUACACAGUAGUUCGAAGUGUGCGUACGUGCAUUGCGGAGCGGUGUCGUGUUUAUUGCGUUAAAUUGUUUCGCACAGGGACUAAAAAAACCACGAAACAGUAAAUAGAAGGUGCAAUAGGUUUCAUAUAAAGGGAAAGUGACGUGAAACUGAACGUCACUGUAAACUAUUGACAAACUUGAAUAUCCUGUCCACAUCGUGGUUAAGUCCCGUCCGGAAGGCAUCGUCUCAAUUGUACACCGUAAAGCACGCGACUUUAAAGCAGAAGCAGUAAAAAAUGCAGUCACACAGCAAGAAACGUGUUUGCUACUACUACGACAGUGAUAUUGGCAACUAUUACUAUGGCCAGGGCCAUCCGAUGAAACCACACCGCAUACGCAUGACGCACAAUCUGCUGCUUAACUAUGGCCUGUACCGGAAGAUGGAAAUUUAUCGACCACACAAAGCUACGGCGGAUGAGAUGACAAAGUUCCACUCGGACGAUUACAUCCGGUUCCUGCGAUCGAUCCGUCCGGAUAAUAUGUCCGAGUACAACAAACACAUGCAGCGAUUUAACGUCGGCGAAGAUUGUCCCGUGUUUGAUGGUUUGUACGAGUUCUGUCAGCUGUCGGCUGGGGGAUCAGUGGCCGCUGCCGUUAAGCUAAACAAACAGGCGUCAGAAAUCUGCAUCAACUGGGGCGGUGGACUACAUCACGCGAAGAAGUCGGAAGCGUCCGGCUUUUGCUACGUAAACGACAUCGUGCUCGGUAUUCUGGAGCUGCUGAAGUACCACCAGCGGGUGCUGUACAUCGACAUUGACGUACACCACGGGGACGGUGUGGAGGAAGCCUUCUAUACGACCGAUCGCGUCAUGACGGUUAGCUUCCACAAGUAUGGCGAAUACUUCCCCGGUACGGGUGAUCUCCGGGACAUUGGUGCUGGGCGGGGCAAGUACUACGCGGUCAACAUUCCGCUCCGGGACGGUAUGGACGAUGAGUCGUACGAUUCGAUCUUUGUACCGAUCAUCUCGAAGGUGAUGGAAACGUUCCAACCGUCGGCGGUGGUUCUGCAAUGCGGUGCCGAUUCGCUAACUGGCGAUCGACUCGGUUGCUUCAAUCUAACCGUCAAGGGACACGGAAAGUGUGUUGAGUUUGUGAAAAAGUACAACCUGCCGUUCCUGAUGGUGGGCGGUGGAGGCUACACAAUCCGUAACGUGUCCCGCUGCUGGACUUACGAAACGUCCGUAGCACUUGGUGUGGAGAUUGCAAACGAACUGCCGUACAACGAUUAUUUCGAAUAUUUCGGGCCAGACUUUAAGCUGCAUAUCAGCCCGAGCAACAUGUCCAACCAGAACACGACCGAAUACCUCGAGAAGAUAAAGAACCGUUUGUUUGAGAAUUUGCGCAUGUUGCCCCAUGCACCGGGUGUACAGGUUCAACCAAUCCCGGAGGAUGCGAUCAACGAUGAGUCGGAAGACGAGGAUAAGGUGGAUAAAGACGAACGGCUACCGCAGCAGGACAAGGACAAGCGGAUAGUGCCGGAUAAUGAAUUUUCCGACUCGGAAGAUGAAGGUGAAGGUGGCCGGCGGGAUAAUCGAUCGUUCAAGGGACAGCAGAGCGGACAGCAGCAGUCCCGCAAGCGGCCACGCAUCGAGAAGGACGGCAAGACGGAGGACGUGAAGGAUGAAAAGGAAGCGAAAAUGGACACUAGCGGCGAUAAGGAAGAAACAAAAGCGGCUGAAGAACCGGCCAAGAAGGAAACGACGGGUGUUGCAUGAUCCACGCUGUCAUCGUAUCGCAAGCAGCAGCAACCGCCACAAUCGUAACUAAAUCCGUACAUCCCGUCUCCCUUCUCUCGCUAGAAGCCAAAUGUCCUUUAAUGAUGAACCCAGAACGAAAAUUACCUAUCGUGCCAGGUGGUAAAGCUAUAAUCUACUCACACAGAUUCUCUAUCUGUGUUGGUCUGGUUAGAUAGAUUGAGUGCUAGAGGGCGUAUUUAAUUCGCUGGACAAAACUUCGGAUUAGGUUUGAAUGGUUAGAGCACGGAGACAAGGAAAGAUCCUAACGUAUGCUAUAGGAGAGGACAACAACAGAGGAAAAACGAUGCAUCACUGUUGUGAACCAGUGGUAGAAAGAUGCUGCAAACAAUUGUAUUCUACUGAUCUCAGGAAGGAUAAAGAAAACUCACAAAAACACAAUAGCCCCCUUUAAAAGAAUCGCAUUUCCUUUACAGAUUAUAUGAAAAACUCACUAGACGCUAUAGUAAGGAGACGGCAAAUUAAAUAGGAAUCAAAUUGAUGUUCGGAAAACAAAAGCAGACAAGAAUAGGUUGAACAGGGUAAAAGAGGAUAUGGUAAAACACUUUUAGCAACCACAGAAGAAGAACCUUUUACGCUUUCCUUCAAAUACGCCUUUGAAAGGAAAUGGAACCCUUCUGCUUACUAUUUAACGAUGGCGCAAUAUCCCGAAGUGAUAUUGAAUCGCGCUAUUUCGCAUGUGUGUUUAAGGACAAAAAAAACCGGAAUGUACAAUUUCUUUGUUCAGUUAGUCUGUCAUUUGGACGCCCUCUCGUACACACACACACAGAAGGCAUGUUAGAGUUAAGAUACAAAGGACGAAUAGAAAGAAUCGUGUUAGAGUUUGCUUUCUUCCUGCUGGCUGCCAAUUCGAGCUGUUUAUAACUUGUGUACUAAGGUAAACAAACAAAACAGGAAGACAAGCAAACAAAGUUUCGUCGCCCAUUAGCGACUUGCUACGUAUCAUAUGAAUUAAGCGCAAGCGUAACGUGUCCCAAUAACUAAUGGAAUUAAACGUUUUAAAAGCCCAAACGGCGGGUGUCUGACAAACCGUUGCAAAACUGAAA